AUCUCGCGGAGAUCUUCAAGUUCUGCGAUUUGCCAAAUGUUUGAGGAUGAUUUUGUUUUAAAAAUCAGUGAAAAUUCGGGCGUUUAGUGCAAACAAUGGAUUUCUACGCCACCAUUUGUCGGCUGUGUGAGGCGUCGGACAAGCUGUGCGAAAAGUGGUUGGACCCGUUUGCCGCCGGGAACGAGAGCUUGCUGGGGAAGAUCCGAACCUGCACAAGUGUGGAGCUCUCCCGCUCGGACGCGCUUCCGAAGCGCAUCUGCGUACGGUGCCAGAAAUCGUUGGACCAGGCGCACAACUUCCGCCUCCAGUGCUCCAUCAGCGAUGCCAAGCUGCGCCACGAGAUACAGUUUCUGGAACAGAACCACUGGAAUCCCCAGCUAACGAUUCCCCCGUUCAUCCCCCAGGAUGUCAAAGUGGAAGAGCCGCGUGAACUCGCGCGGCCAGAAUCACCCUCGCUAACGGUGCCAAUGUUCAUCAAGUCGGAACAACCCGAGCUGGAGGACGAGCAGGAGUUUGUACCGUCCAAGGUCGAGCUAGAGUGGCAUUCGGAGGAGGAGGAAAUUCUGGACGACGGUGACGGGAGCUUUUCCGAAAAAUCUGACUCGGCGGAGGACACGGAAAACGACUCGGAGGAUGAAAAAGAUCAGUCUCGAAAGAGCACCAAACCCCGCUCGACGAUCUGCGAAACUUGCGGCGAACAGUUCGAGCGACCUGCGCUAAUGUACGCCCACGUGAAUGCUGUCCACGGCAAGAAGCGUUUCGCGUGCGAGCUCUGUCCAAAGACGUUUGCGCGCAAGUCUCGCCUCACGGAUCACGCGAUGCAGCACGCCGGCCUGCGCCAGUUCGAGUGCGGCCAAUGUGACAAAAAAUACACCACCCAGCAGGGCCUGAAAACGCACACUGAAGACGUCCACUCGGACAACCUGCCGUACGUGUGUGACAAGUGCGGCCGGGGCUUUUCCAAGGAGGGACGUCUUCGGCACCACUACAGCAUGCACAUCGAGUCGAGGAACUUUGUGUGUGGCGUUUGUGCGAAGGGAUUCAAGACGCAGGCGCACCUGAAUCUGCACGCGAACACGCAUCUCCCGCAGGACGAGAAGAAGAAGCGGAAGCGACGGAACCGUCAGCGGACGUGCAUCUGUCCGUUCUGUGGGAAGGUUUCGAACUCGGCGGGCACGCACGAUAUGCACGUGAGAACGCACACGGGUGAACAACGCUACGAGUGUCACAUCUGCGGAAAACGGUUCACCUCGUCCGGCUCGCACAAAAAGCACCUCCGCGUCCACUCGGGUGAGAAACCGUUCGUUUGCGAGUAUUGCCAGAAGCCGUUCCGCCAGAAGCACCACAUGACGACGCACAUCCGCGGCGUCCACACCAACGAAAAGCCCUACCAGUGUCGGUUCUGCUCGCGGGGUUUCGCCACCCGGGGCAACAUGCAGCUGCACGAGCGAAGUCACGGCGGUGGACCGGAAGCACCCACCAUGAAGCAGGAACUGGUCGCCGGCUCGAUGGAGGUAAGUAUGACCGGGAGCAACAGUCCGCAGGCGUCUCCGCUGGUCACGGAAGCGCCGUCGCCGAUGAUGAAUCCGGGCGUGAUGGUGAUGCAUCAGCAGCCACCGCCGGACAUGUACUUUCACAGUCAAACACCUGUUCUCUCUCAAAUGGAAUUCUACGCCACGAUCUGCCGGCUGUGCGAGGCCACGGACAAGUUGGACGGCAAGUGGGCCAACCUGUUUGCGGCCGAGCACGAACCGCUGCUGAAACGAAUCCGGUCGCUGACCACUAUCGAGCUUCACUGGAAUGACCAGCUUCCAAAGCGAAUCUGUGGCCAGUGUCAAACCAGCCUGGAGCAGGCCUACAACUUCAAGCUGCAGUGCGAAAUCACGAACAAAAAGCUGCGCCAUGAGAUCGAGUUUCUGGAGAAGAACGACUGGAACACGAAGCUGCCGAUUCCGCCAAUCGAUUUGGGUGGGCUGGACGUCAAGCCGGAAACCUCACCGGCCAAGAGGGAAAUCAUCGCGGAACCACUCAGUAUCAAGUCGGAACUGAGCGACGAUGAGCAGCAGCAGCAGCAGCAGCAAAUCGAUGACCAGGAAGACGCCAGUUACUGCAUGUCCAAGAUUGAGACCAUGUUCGCUUCGGACGACGAUGCUGAUGACCGUGAUGGUUCCGAUGGGAGUCGCUCCUUGUCGGAAAGCUCGACCGAAUCUUCCUCCUCCUCCGAAGAUGACGACGAUGACGAUUCGGAAGACUCCGAACCCAAGCACAAACGGAAACGCGGUCGCCCAAGAUUGUCCAACAAGUCCUCGGGAAAGCCGCGCUCAAGCGUGUGUGACACGUGCGGCCAGCAGUUCGCGAAGCCCAAGCUGAUGUACGCCCACGUGCGGUCUGCCCACGGAGACCGUCGGUUCAAGUGUCGCUUUUGUCCGAAAACGUUCGUCCGGAACGCCCGCCUUAAGGAACACGAACGUCAGCACACCGGUGAGCGGGACUUCCAGUGUGAGCAGUGCGAACGCAAAUACCCGACGGCACGCGGCCUCAAGGUUCACAUGGAGGACAUUCACAGCGAGAAUCUCCCGUACGUUUGUGAUAAGUGCGGCAAGGGCUUCGCCAAAGAGGGCAAACUUCGCCAGCAUUACAGCGCCCAUCUGGACAUCCGGAAGUACGUGUGCUCGGUGUGUUCGAAAGGGUUCAAAACGAGGACGAAUCUGAACCUGCACGUGCAGAUUCAUCUGCCGCCGGAUCAACGGAAAAUGCGGAAACGGGAAAACCAGCACAAGGUGUGCAUCUGUCCGUUCUGUGGGAAGGUGUCGACCUCGCUUGGCACGCACAACAUGCACAUCCGGACGCAUACGGGCGAACAACGCUACGAGUGCCAGAUCUGCCAGAAGCGGUUCACCUCGUCCGGCUCGCACCAGAAGCACAUGCGCGUCCACUCGGGCGAGAAACCCUUUGUUUGCGAAUUUUGCCAGAAAUCCUUCCGCCAGAAGCACCAUCUCACCACGCACAUGCGAGGCGUCCACAAGAAUGAAAACCCGGAGGCGUUCGUCCGGCCGGGCAUUUGUGGCCGGCCGCGUGGUGUGGCGGCUAAAACGCCCGGAACGACGGCGGUUCCGGCGGUCACACCGGAAGUGGUUCCACAGCCAUUGGGAGCGGUAGAAGAGGGUAAGUAUUCGGGGGCUGGAGGAAGCGGAGAGGGGGGUGUGGUGCUGAACCCGGGGGUGGUCCAACCGGAAAUGUACUUUCACAGCCAGACGCCGUAGGGGCUGGGGCAAGGGGGUUGUGAAGGUAUUGUCGAGAUAUUAUGCUUAAAAAUAGAGGCUAAGUUGAAGAAGA